AUGGAGCUCAUCCAGGCCACCCAGCUGCCGCAGGAAGUGCCGACUACUACCUGGAGCAACAACUCUGUUCCCCCCUACUCCAGUUUCCUGCUCCUCUCCACUUCCUCUGACCCCGUUCUCGAAUUCACCCCACCUGAUGUCUCCGCCCUCUUGAACAGCACCUGCCAGAACUGCACCAAAGCUGAACCCAAAUCCCUUCCUGGCUUGGCUGGAAUCUUCAUCCCGCUCAUCUAUGGGAUAGUGUGCGUUGUUGGCCUUGUGGGCAACACUCUGGUCAUCCACGUCAUCGUCAACUACACCAAGAAUGAGUCAGUCACCAACAUCUACAUCCUCAACUUAGCUAUCGCGGACGAGCUCUUCAUGCUGGGCCUGCCCUUCUUGGCGGUGCAGAACGCCCUGCUCUCUUGGCCCUUUGGCUCGCUAAUGUGCCGUGUGGUCAUGACAGUGGACGCCAUCAACCAGUUUACCAGCAUCUUCUGCCUGACUGUGAUGUCAGUGGACCGCUACCUGGCUGUGGUGCACCCUAUCCGCUCCUUCUGGUGGCGGCGGCCCCGCGUGGCCAAGGCCAUCAGCGCCACAGUCUGGGCAGGGUCCUUUGUGGUGGUGCUGCCGGUGGUGGUGUUUGCCGACGUGCUGAAGGAUGAUGGGAACUGCAGCAUCGUGUGGCCUGAGCCAGCAGAAGUGUGGAAGACGUCUUUUAUCGUGUACACGUGCACCGUGGGUUUCUUCUGCCCCCUGCUGGUCAUCUGCUUGUGCUACCUGCUGAUUGUCAUCAAGGUGCGCAGCGUUGGAAAACGGGCGCAGGCCACGUCGUCUCGGCGCAGGAAGUCGGAACGUAAAAUCACCAGGAUGGUGGUUGUCGUGGUGGCAGUGUUUGUCCUUUGCUGGCUGCCGUUUUACGCUCUGAAUAUCGUCAACCUCCUGAUGGUCCUGCCUGGGGACUUCAGAGGGCUCUACUUUUUUGUUGUUGUGCUGUCAUAUGCGAACAGCUGUGCCAACCCCAUACUGUACGGAUUUCUGUCUGACAACUUCAAGAGAGGCUUCAGGAAGGCGCUGUGUGGCGCUGCGUGCAGGCCGAAGAACAACGACAGGGCCGCCACUGAAGCACAGCGGCCGACAGAGGAGUGGGGCGGCAUUGUGCUCCAAGCGCAAAAAAGUGAGGAUGUCAUAAAUGUGCAGAACAAAGACUGUGGCGAAAAAGAAGAGGAGGAGGAAAGCACUGCACCAGAGGGAGCCAUGAAGAUGAGUGAAAUAUGCAAAACGUCACAAAAUGGAAACCACAGCGGAGUAACAGAGGGUUCAAGGAUGCAACCUGAGCCGGAGCACUCUGGCUGCAGUGCCAGACAUGGCGAACUGGCUGGGAAAGGCAAAGGCUCUGAUGCUGCUGAGGCGGUGUCCACUAAGGCCAGUAAAAGCAGAAACAGCAGGUCGCAACCUGAAGAAUUCCCAGACAAAGACACUGUGCUUGAAAUCAGCUAUCUGUAA